AUGGCAUCCAGUCGAGCGAUUGAGAAGAACCUUGUGAUGGAUAAAGAACGCUUAGCGAAUGAGUUGACUCUGCUUCAAACACAACUGAGGUCCAGCUCCAGCCCGCAAAUGUUUCAAACUGUACACAUCGAGUUGGCAAUCACCAAAAACGAACUCGAAAAUAACAAACGUUUAAUGAUUGACAUUACGGAGAAAAAUCUCCACUUGAAAAAAGACGAUUCGCGGUUAAGGCGGAAAAUCGAAGACAGAGAUAAAAUUAUCGCAUCUAGUGCGAUUGAGAAAAACCAGAUUGUAUUGGAAAAAGAACGCAUAGCGAAUGAGUUGAGUCAAGUUCAAUCACAACUGAAAGACUCCCAUUCCAACCUGCAAAUGUUACAGAAGGUACACGACGAGUUAGCAACUACGAAAAGGGAACUCGAAAAUAAAAAACGUCAAAUGACUGACAUUGAGUCAAAGCUUGAGUCAAAGAAUAAAACCAUUUCUGAACUUGAAACGGAAAUUCUCCGUUGGACCGAAAACGAUUUAAAGCUGAGGCAAAAAUUGGAAGAAACUGAUCGUCUUCUUCAAUCCGGUCAGGCGGAAAUGGAAGAACUACGGGUAUCCCAGACCGAAAGGAUCGAGCGCUUACAGGAUCAAGUGAAAAGUCUAGAAGAGAAGAAGAAGAAAUGGAAGAAGCCGUUCAAAAAUUUGCCAAAAUGGAAGAUAUUUAAGCCAAAAGAAAUGAAACCGAAAUUGGCGGCAGAAGUCGGAUGA